GCUCUUCAAAAAUGUUUACUUUUUAUUUUUUUUUAUUUGUUUGCAUUAGUUUAGUUCCAAUUAUUCAUUUUUCCCAGAAGAAAUUACGAGUAUUGUUACUUUAUGUAAUAUUAUGACACUCAACUUUCCCCUCAAUGUUCGUGAAUUAUCCCGACGUAAUGUUUUUGUUUUCCCUUUUGACCUUGUGAGUUUGUUCAUCUGAUCCUAUAACAAUUUUUAAUUCAAUUGUUUAUAUUUAUUCGAAUCUUCGUGUGAUUAAUAAAUGACAUUUUCUCACACAUAUUAAUCGUCAUUGGCGUGAUGUACUCGAUAUGGGGGCAUGUUUAACUUUAGAACGCGAAGAAGGAAAAGCAAGAAAGCGAAGUGAAGAGAUUGAUAGGCAGUUGGGCGAAUUUGCCAAGCAGCAGAACAAUGUUAUCAAAAUACUACUUCUUGGUGCUGGUGAAAGUGGGAAAAGUACCUUAGUAAAACAAAUGAAAAUUAUUCAUGCUGAUGGAUUCACACAUGCUGAACUCAGUAGUUUCAGACCAACAGUAUUGGACAAUCUAUUGGCAUCUAUGAAAUAUGUUCUUGCUGGAAUGGGAAUCCUCAGAAUAAACUUGGAACACCUCAGAAAUAAGAUACACGCUCAAAAUGUUUUGGUAGCUAAAAGUUGUUUUGAUAUGAGUUUUACUAUACUUCCUGCUGUGGCUGCUUCACUUCAAGCACUAUGGUCUGAUAGAGGUGUGAGACUUGCUGUAGCUCGAGGUUAUGAGUAUGAAUUAAACGACUCAGCUCUUUAUUUGUUUGAGAAUAUGGAACGAAUCUGUGAUCCGAAGUAUGUGCCGAAUGCAACUGAUGUGCUCAGAGCUCGAGUACGAACCCAAGGCAUAAUAGAAACUCAGUUUUGCAUAAGUGAUAUGAUUGUUAGUAUGUAUGACGUUGGAGGACAAAGAUCUCAGAGGAGGAAAUGGAUCUAUUGCUUUGAUGAUGUUCGAGCUGUACUUUUUGUGAUUUCACUUAGUGGAUACGACAUGACUUUGCUUGAGGAUCCCAGUGUUAACAGACUUGAAGAAAGUUUAAACUUAUUUGGACAGAUAGUCAAUAACCCAUUUUUCAGAGAUGCUUCAUUUGUGUUAUUCCUGAAUAAAUUCGAUCUAUUUCGAGAAAAAAUUCUGCAUUCCAAUCGACAUUUAAGACUGUAUUUCCCAGACUACAGAGGUCCCGACAGAGAUGUUGAUCGAGGAGCCCUUUUCAUUCAACACAAAUUCAUUCUGCGUAACGGUGAUUCCAGAAAAGUAUUAUACCCGCAUUUCACAACUGCUACGGACACCGCUAAUGUGAGGGUGGUUUUCCAGGCUGUUAUGGAAAUGGUUAUUUCAGCUAAUUUAGGUCAUGUAACAUUAUUAUAGUUUCUGUUACAGUUCUCAAUGCUUAUUUGUCAAACAAGCACAUGUCUUCCUAGUGUUAUGAAUAUUGUAUACUUUGAAUUUUCAAGCGAUAUCAAAAUAAUAUAGGAGCUUGAAGAUGGCGACAAAAAAACAAACAUGAUAAUAUUGCGAGAUCAAAAUUAUGAAGGUUCAACCUUUGAAUAUUCUGUUUUUUUUUUGUUCAGCUCCCGAAUUUAGAAGUGAGCAGUAAAAAAAUAAUGUGUGAGGAAUGUAUCAAUAACUUUCAUGUUCUGGGAAUAACUAGAUGAAGAUAUGAAGUGGUUUAAAAAAUAUCUAUCUGAUGGAAAACUUAAAAAAAGCCAGUUCAUUUAAAACCAGCACUUGCGGAGUUCUACAAGAAAUUAGUUUUAUUUUCGAUUUAUACAAAUAGUUUCAAAAUUGUUAUUCAAAGAAAAUACUAAGUCAUAUACAAAACAAUAUUACUUCAUUUGUAUAGAAAAAAUAAAAAAGAUAUGAUGACAUGUUAACUGACAUUAACAUUGUUGACCUCUUGGUUAAAUUAGCACAAAUUGAGUUGGAAUCAUGAAAAGUCUUCAUCAAGUGUUGAUAACCAAGAACAGAACCAUAAACAAAAACAAACCUGUUGAAUGUUGACUAACUACACAAUUUUCAGAGACUCAUAUUGAUGAAAGUUUCUUUUGGAGUACUGUAUUUAUUUCUGUUUGAUAUAUUCGAGUAUGCAAUAUUUAAUUUCUGUUUUGGAAACAGCUAACUCAUCGAUAGUAAAACUCUUAGGAGAGUGCAGUAUAUAAUAUUAAAAUGGAUGUUUCGAUUACCAUAUGUUGAACUUACAUCUUAAAUAUUCAAUCUAUUUUUCAAUUAAAAAUGUGUUGUUUUAUUUGUUCAGAUAGAAAAAAGUGCAAACCUUCUACUUUGAAUGUCAAUGAAAUAAAUACCAUCCAUGAUCAUAAUACAAGACGAAUCAAACAACUAUUUGUUCUAACGUAUUCUAAAAACACUUUAUUGUGUGAUUUUCACUAGACACUAGACAUGUCUAGUGAAAAUCACAC